AUGCGCGCUGACUUUCCAGCCUGGCUCAAGCGGAAGGAAGUAAAGGAACCAUGGAAAUAUUACAAGCGAGCACUGUACAGCGAGCACUCCCUGAAGGAAGAGCUGCUGGUCCUCUGCAGCAUUGCUCCGCAUCCCAACAUCAUCCCGACGCCGCCCAUCCUCGUGACAACGUCGACAUCGCCCACGCGCAUAUACGGAUUCCUCCAGGCGUUCCGGGCGAAACAGACGGUCGCCGAGCAAAUCAAGCGCGCAAAUAACAAAGGACAGAGGAUCCCGCUGUCGACCAAGGCGAACUGGUGCCUAGGCAUCGUGGCGGGGCUCUUGCACACCCACCGUGUUGCCAAGACGUUCCACAUGGAUAUGAAGCCCGCAAACAUCCUGGUCGAGGAUGACAGCACGGUGAGGAUCAUCGACUGGCAGCAGCAGGGCCUGUGCCGCGCGACGCACCCGCCCGAGGCCACGAUGGGCUCCAACCCCAAGAUCCGAAAGAUUGUUGACAAGAUGCGUCUCGAUCAGGAUGGGCAGCCCGUCGUCAUAUUCACGCCCCGGCUGGGGACCUGGCCCGAAGAUGGUCUCCGGGAGGCCUACGUGAGGUGGAAGGCGGAGAACCCUCGCGGUAUCGAGGCGGCAGAGGUGUUCAUGACGGCCCGCACUUUGUGGCACGUUCUGGAGCAGAGGGAAGAGACCGCCGAUGCUGCGGUCUGGGCUGAGCGGUCCGUUGAUAUUCCACAGGGCUGGAGGGAGGCUGUGGAUGCGUGUCUUGUGGAUGAUCCUGCGGAGAGGCCAGCACUUGAGGCUCUUGUAGAGUUCUGGAAGGAACAAGUGAAAGCAACCCUUGUACGUGACAACCUGCUGUAG